GGAAUUCUCCCGCGCCUGCGCGUGAAGGCGAGUGUUGUUUGAAGUCAGGCUGGAACUGCGAAGUCCCAAACAUUGUGUGGACGAUGCUGGGCCCUCACGAGAGCGUGGAGAGGCCGCAGCAGCUGCUCCGCUAUGUGGAGGACUACCUGGAGUGUGUGGAGUCUCUGCCUCUGGACAUCCAGAGGAACGUGUCUGUGCUGCGGGAGAUCGAUUCAAAGUAUCAAGAGGUGCUGAAGGAGGUGGAUGAAGUGUUUGAGAAAUACAAAGAAGAACCAGACAUGGCUCAGAGGAAGCGUCUGCAGAUCCAGCUGCAAAGGGCUCUCAUCAACAGCCAGGAGCUGGGUGACGAGAAGAUCCACGUGGUGACCCAGAUGACUGAGCUGGUGGAGAACCGGUCUCGCCAAAUGGAUUCUCACUCGCUGUCCCUACAAGAGCCCUGUGACACCGAGCGGCUCUCUAUGGAGCGCCGCUCUAGUGUCCAAGAGUCUCCUGGUCCUGAACGAGCCUCAAACCGCCGUCCCCGUCGCCAGCGCAACAGCGAGAGCCGUGACUCCAGCCUGCCAUCUGCCAACGGCUCUCUGCUGGACGAUCCUCUGGACGAACUGCCCCUCCCUGCACAGCGGGACAAGAAGUCCAAGUCUUCAAAGAAGAAGAAGCGAAAGGCCAAGCAGGAGCGGGACACCUCUCCGGUGGACUUUGCCAUCGAUCCCAACGAGCCCACCUACUGCCUGUGCGAACAGGUUUCGUACGGCGAGAUGAUCGGCUGUGACAAUGACCAGUGCCCCAUCGAAUGGUUCCACUUCUCCUGUGUAGGACUCACCUACAAGCCCAAAGGGAAGUGGUACUGCCCCAAAUGUAGAGGGGACAGUGAGAAGACCAUGGACAAAAGUCUAGACAAGAACAGAAAAGACCGCAGGUCCAGGUAGUGGCUGGUGAGGAGGUCCUCAAAGGUCUGAGACUGUCAGGAACAGUUGUAGAAGUACAGCUUUUAUGGAGAGCCGGAGUCUGUUUGCUUUAUGAGGGCUGCUGUCUGUGAGGGUCAUGUGGGACGGAGCUCCAGGAGGAGAUGGCUUUCUUACCUUUACCUUCUUUGUUUGAACUAAAAUGAUCACUGAUGUGAAUGUUUCCUUACUGCCAGUGAAGACAUCAGCCCACGUCUGUAAUGCUGAGGAGAGCUGGGUCACACCGAGGAAAAACUGUUAAUUAGACACUGGAAGAGAAUGUCAUGUUUAGAGUUUUGUUUUCUGCUUCUUUGGUUCAUAUUUCCUUUUCUGUCCAUUAAACCCAAUCACUCGUUUUCA